UAAUGUCCUGUUGUGCAAGCCCAACUGUCAAAUGCAUUCGACCGUAGCAACGGAAGACACUCAACACACUUUCUGCAUAUCAGUGCGUGGUGCAUAUUUUUAUAUUCCUAUCGUAGCUUCUUCUCAUCUGCUUUUGGACUUUUCUGCUCUUGCAUUGACAUGUACGAUGCGCAUCAAAAAUAACAGAAAUGGAGACCACCACAACGCGCAUAAUCAUAAUCUCCCCAAACUCCGCCCUGUACAGGCCGGAAGUCACGUGAACGUUAUCAACCGCUACGGAGAAUGGCACGCAGAGACUACCGCGGCUGCGCAGUUGCCUUCGUAAGAAAUACCUGUUUGUGAUGGCUUCCCUGGGUGCAGUGUGUUUGAACGUGUAGUCAUAGCCUAUGGUGUAGUGCACUGCAAGAGACGUCUGAAAAUGUGAACGUGGAUGUGUGGUGAUGUUCUUAGCGUUGUGCCUUUUUUGAGCUAUCGAUUAUUUCUUACAAUUUCAACAACAUGGCGUCUGAACAAGAGGUAAAAGCCGUGGAGCGGAUCAACCUACGGAAUGUAAUCAAUCAGUGGAAUGCAAACCGUUUGGAUUUGUUUGAACUCAGCGAGCCAAAUGAGGUAAGAUCUGGAUUCCACGGUGUGAUGCGCUUCUAUUUCCAAGAUGCAGACCAGAAAGUAGUGACAAAGUGCAUCCGUGUAUCAAGCACUGCAACCGUCCGUGAUGUAGUGCUCACCCUCAUUGAAAAAUUCAGGCCGGAUAUACGCAUGCUGUCCAUGCCAGACUACACUGGUUAUGCGCUGUAUGAGAUCCAUGAGAAUGGAGAAGAGCGAAAGCUGGGCCCCGAAGAAAAGCCCCUCUUGGUGCAGCUUAACUGGCACAAGGAUGAUCGUGAGGGACGUUUUCUGUUUCGGCGUAUGGAAGACAAAAGUCGUUUACCUACCCUCAAGGUGGAGUCCCUGAGGUUUGGCAGGAAGCUGUCUAAACGGGAGAAGAAGGACAAGAAGAAAAAAAAAGAAGGAAAUGAUCGAGAUGGGAUUGCAGAGAAGCUGUACACAGAAUUACCAGAGACAAGCUUCACACGCUCCAUAUCGAACCCCGAAGCUGUUAUGCGCAGGAGGAGGCAACAAAAGUUGGAAAAGAAGCUGCAGCAGUUUCGUCAGGAGAAUGGCGCAGGAAGCAGCGAGGCAGGGGGUACCCUGAGAAUCUUUGGAGAAUCCUUGAAUCGUGAUGUGCCCUACAAGACUCUUCUGCUGUCUACAACAGACACUGCAGCCCAUGUCGUCAAAGAAAUCCUCGAUAAAUAUGGCAUGGAUAAAGAAGACCCCUUGCACUAUUGUCUGGUACAGGUUUUGCUUCCUCCAUCGGGAGAGACAUCACCAUUAGACCACAUGCUUCAGCAGCGAUCAUCCUCCCCUCCUGGAAGUAUUGGGCCCAUUCCUGCAGGAAUAAAGGAGUACAUUCUUGAUGAUGAUGACUGCCCUUUGGCAAUUGAGAGGCAACACAAUCGGAUUAAAGGCACCCUCUCGUUCCACAUACGUAGGCGUCCAGCUGACUACCAGCCCCGUAAACGCAAAAAGCGUCCUUUGACAACCCGCUCAAGUGAGCAUCCAGGGAAAGGAAAUUUUGGAGAGAGGUCUCCUCCUUCCCUCCUGCCAUGGUUGGUGGAGCUUCGACCAGAGGGAACUGGCGAGCCGUUUCGUCACAGGCUCAUGUUAGGGAUGACAGAAGUGGGGUCUGCACCUUCAGCAGACCAGGGGCUCCAGCUUCAGGGUCCUGGUAUUCACCCCCGACACUGUGUUUUUGCUCAUACGGAGGGCGUCAUCACUGUCACUCCUAGCCACCAUGAAGCAGAGAUUUAUGUGGACUCUGCAAGAAUCUAUGACACAACCAUCUUGCAGCACGGAUCCGUGGUUCGCUUUGGGCGUCACCAAGCUUUUCGCUUCCUUAUACUUCAUGUUGAGCCGCCACAUGUAGGCAGCAGGGAUAACAGCUACCCUCCUGAGUACAUGGAAAGGCCUCGUGAUGAUGAUGACAUGCUGGGUGGAGAGACCUAUGAAACAGCAUUUGAUGUUUUGGGCAGUGUGGAGGCAACAUCAACUCACUCCCACCAUUCGGAUGAAGUACUCUCAACUGCUCCUUCCCAACAAAAACAUUCACAUAGUGAAAGUGGUAUGGACCACAGAAGAGGCAGUGACCCCAUCCUCCCGGCAGUACUCGAAUUCUGGGAAGAACAUGAAGGAGCAUUUUUAGAAGCUGUAAUUGGUCAGCUUGACUGGUCAGCCGCUCAAUUCAAACUCGCUCCCGCAUACACUCUGUACAUGGCUUGCCGCUACCGGGCUUCUACACAUUUUCGCCCAGAGAUCUCCCCUACAGAACGUGCCCACAGGCUAACUGCACUAGCCAAUGAGAUCGGGGCCCGUGUUAGGAACACGGUAGAAGCUCCAAACGGCCAACCUGGCCCAUUGGCUUUCUGGCUGGCUAAUGCGAGUGAGCUGCUGCACUUCUUGCGGCAAGACAGGCACUUGAGCGCUUACACCCUUGAUGCCCAAGACCUCUUGUCCGAAGCUGUUCAGAGGGCCUUUGCCUUUCUGGUGUCAGCACACAGAAAGGAGCUUGCACGUGCACUGCCCAGUGCUUUUGCCCCUCAUCACCAGGGUCAGGCCCCUCAGGAGGCUGCAGUUGGUGAAAUAUUGUCCGUACUGGGUGGAACCAUGAGCCUCUUGCGUCGCUGUCGGGUGAACGCAGCUCUGACAAUCCAGCUUUUCUCGUGGCUCUUUCAUCACAUCAAUGUGUGGCUCUUCAAUGGCCUUGUUAUGGGCACAAACUACUGUUGCAGAGCAUAUGGAGCAAUGCUGAAACGACGCUUGGCCCAUUUGGUAGCCUGGGCUGAGAAGCAGGGCCUUGAAUUGGCUGCAGACUGUCACUUAGCACGUAUUAUACAGGCAGCUCAUCUUCUUCAGACAUCCAAGAGCACCGCUGAAGAUGUGACAUCCAUCAGCUCUGCCUGUUUCAAGCUAAACUCUGUACAGUUGAGAACUCUGUUGGAGCGCUACCAGACAACGCAAGACGAGCCUCCAGUGCAACGUGCUCUCAUUGAAGGAGUAGUCAAGGUUGCUGAGAACACAGCAGAUGAACAGGCACGGAAUGAAGGCAGAGAGGUGCAACUGGAGGAAGAAGCUGAUCUGCAGCUUCCUUUCCUUCUUCCAGAAGAUGGUUAUUCCUGCGACAUAGUGCGUGGUGUGCCUGCUGGACUACAGGAGUUUCUGCAACCACUAGCUCUUUCUGGUCUGUGCCGACUAACGCUUCAGCCAACUUCAGUAGGAUUCUGGACUAUCUACAUGUCUGAUCAAGACAUCUUGAGGCCACCGGGUGGCUCUUGUGUUGAGCAGGCAGCACCUUCCCAGAGCCACCAGCCUGUAAUUAUGGGUAAUGCUUCAAGAAGGGAAUCUAGUUCCUCCCCUAUGCCGAAUUCCACUCAAGGGGGCCAUAAUGGAAACAUUGUGCGCCCACCGUCACAAAAUGUGCAAGUGGCCACCAUUUGUCUCCAAAAAAGCAACAGUGGCAUGGGUCUUAGCAUUGUUGCUGCACGGGGAGUUAACCAGGAGAAACUAGGUAUCUACAUCAAGUCAGUUGUCAAAGGAGGAGCUGCAGAUCAGGAUGGGCGCCUUCAAGCGGGAGAUCAGUUGCUCAAAGUCGAUGGUCACUCCCUCAUUGGAAUCACCCAAGAAAAAGCGGCAGAACUGAUGACACGAACGGGGCAGGUAGUCACGCUUGAAGUUGCCAAGCAAGGUGCCAUUUAUCAUGGCCUGGCAGCAUUACUUUGCCAACCAUCACCAGUUAUGCACAGAGGUUCUCGUCGCAUGAGCGAGCGUGACAUUCCGAGUCGCAUAGUACAGGAAGAGGGCCACAUGGAUCACAGCCAAGGGCCCCCUGGCUACCACGGGCACCCACGAAUUCAAGGGAGCAAAAGUGUGCCAGCACUGAACAGCGAGUAUGGAAGUGAAGGUGGAGAUCCACUACCUCUGCCCAUGUCAAUGGAGCAUCAUCUUCAUCCUGCACAACACCGUGGCCAUUCCUUUAGUCCAGCACAUUUUCAGCAGCCUUUGCACCAGCCACCCCUUCAGCUUCAGCAUCCUAUUCAGCACCAGCAGAAUCUGGGGUACAGUCGUACAUCUUCAACGGCAUCCAUACCAGCAGAUGCUUCAAUUGACCAUUCACGGUAUCAAGACCCACCACCAUCUUACGCUCAGCCCCCUAAGCCGGGUCCACGUCAAGAUGCAGUGACAGCUCAGCAGCAUAUGCUUAUUAAGCAGGUGGCACAUGUUCAAGAAGAGAGGCACUACCAGAACAUAAGCAUGUACCAACAGCAGCACCGCACAGCAUCACCACCACAACACCAGGCUCCUCCACCUCCACAGCAUCCAGCUUACACCACGCCAAUCAGGCACAGUGGCCCAACGCCACCGUACAACUUGCCUCAUCAACACUUGCAACAUCGUUGUGGGGCUCCACUGCAUUCUUCUCAAGGAUCACUAGGUGGAGAGUCCCAGCACAUGCCACCUGGAGGAGGACCACCAACAUCAAGGCCUUUGUCAACACUGGUAUCGCCUAGGGAGCAAGAGCAAUAUGUGAAUGCUAUGGGAGGACUUGCUCACCACCGCGUUGGCCCACCUUCUCCACAGAGGGGGCAACAGAUGCCCCAACGAGGGUCUGAUGGAAGCAUGCUUCACCAUAGUAGGGGCCCACAUGGUGGAAGAGAAUGGCCUACACGGAUAGGCAGUCAACCACAUUUGGGAGACAAUGCAUUCCAUGAAGACAUGCCUCCUCACUAUAGAGAUGGAAUAGAAGGUCACCAUCAAAUGUCUCCUCAUGGGAGCCCCAAUCAGAGGGAUGUGUUACGACAGGAAGCUAAAAUGGAAGAAAUGAAAGAAGAGGUGCGCCGUCGAGAAGAACGUGAGCAACAUGCCGCGAUGCAAAUGCAGCACCACCCGAGUAGCUGGGGGCCGAAUAGAAGUGGAGCAGCCCGAUAUGCCUCUCCAACAAGAUGCUCCUCCAAUACUAAUGUGUCUCCUCCUAGACCAGCUCCCCCUCAGGCAAAUCCUUAUGGCCCAUUAAUGGUGGAGCAUGAGAGAUCACAGGUUAAUUACCGUUAUGGACCGUCUGGUUACCCACUAUCUCAGCAGCAGGAGACCGUCUUGGAUGAUCGACAUCACCCAACUCCUGGAACACGCAGCAAUGGAUACAGAGAACAAGUCUGCGACAUGGCACUGCAUGGCCCCACAGGUAAAGAUUCUAGGACGGACCCCGAGCAGAAGGUGCUGAGCCCAUCUCCAUGGGAAAGAGAGGAAAAGGAAAUACGGCGUCAGCAACGACUGGAAGAAGCACGCCAAGCUCGAGACAAUGAGGUACACAACCUGGAAUCAUUGGCCGAGCGAAACUUGAAGCAAGAAGAGCGUCUGCGUGCCUUGCGUUUGGAACAAGAGUUUGAACGCAGAGCUCAGGAAGUUGUGGGAGCAGGUGAAGAUGAUGAUGACGAUGAGGACCUAAUGGAACGUGCUGAGAAGCGGGAACGCAUCGUCAAGAUACAGGAGGACCUGGAACGUACACGGCAGAUGCGCCUCGAAUGGGAGCAAGAGACUGUAGCCACACAGCAGACUUCCAAGAUGCAGCUAGAGGAACAGACCGUACGUCUACAACAACUGAAAUUAGAGGAGAACUCAAAGAAACAGGAGCUGGAAGCCCAGCGCAGGGCAGAGGAGCGCCUCAUCAGGGAAGCUCACAGGAGACAGGAAGAAGAGCAACUGCACCAGUACGGAACAGCAAUGCACCAACGUGGUCGUGUGACAUUCCAGGAUGCCCAUCUCCCAUUGUCUACUGCAACAGCAGACCCUCCCCCUCCACUCCCGUCUUCUCCACCACCAUCAGAGCCACAACAACGCUUGGACGACCUGUUGGCAAACAAUGGCAAUGUGAGCACACAACGUACCAAGAAGGUCUCCUUCCAUGAUACCCCACAGGAAGUCGAAGUGUCAUAUGAUGCCAAUGGAAAUGAGGAGGAAGAGGGUAACAGCUACACUCUGCAGGAUAUUGACGAAGUUCUCAAUACUCCCCACACAUCAAGUUACCUUAUUGGCUCCACUCCCGGCGUUAUCGGUGCACAAGAAGUCUACCGUGAUCCGCGCCAGCGUAUAGAGCGCCAGCGUAUGUUAGAACAGCCAACUCGUCCACCUGGACCAGAGAAGCUGACAUUCCGUGAAAAGAUGAAGAUGUUUGCACGAGAGACAGGCGAAGAUAACACUCCAAAGGACAAAGUGAAGAUAUCUCGAGCACAGCGGGAAAUUGAGACAAACCUCAAUGGUGUUCCUACACCUAAUCAUUGAUAGAAGUGUAUUUCAUGUUUUUAUGCUGCUUGUCGUUCUGUUUCAACUCAUUGGGGAGGAAGUGAAUGGUUUUAUACUGUGCAAGUUGAGAGAGAACAAAUUUAGAGUUGUAUCAUAAGGUGAUGAAAUUCCAGUGGUUCACAUCAAACUGUGUGUUUGAGAACUUGUGUGAAAGUGGUGAGUGCACGCACACACGUUGAUAAGUCUGGGUCUUGGACAAGUUAGCUGCAUCCCUUGUCUUGCACUUCCCUGCAGAUACAUUGAUGGAGAUGUAUUUAAGCUCAUAUGUUUACACUGUGUGUGGCAGCUCUCUUUAUCCCAGUCAUUUUGUUUUGCACUUCAUCAUGUUCUUUCUAGUUUUUUCACCACAUACACAUUGCAUGGAGCUGAUGGGCAGUUAACUCAUAGUGUCAACUAAUGAUCAGGAGUUCGGAGAAGCUAGCAAAAUAUUACCUAUCAAUAUCACAAGUGCACUUCAAAUGGUUCUGAGGCCUUUACAUGACCAGGUUGGUAACUUCCUAAAUGUUUUGGUUAGUGAUGUUCAAAUAUUGAUGUCUUAUGUUAUGAAAUUUAAUCCUGAAUGUUGGUCAUCAGAUAUGUGCUUACUCGUUGCAUCCCUCAAUGGUGUAUUUUUAAUGCAAAGGUAAACAUCUCAAUUAUUUAUUUAACAGGAAGCGAACAUUGCGGCUUCUGAUACUACUGACUACAAACUGUCCAGACAGGAAGUACUUUUGAAGUAGUCUUUUGCUAACAAUUCCUGUAGCAUUACAUGCCUUCCUCUACAAUUCCUCUAGCAACAAAGAACAAAAGGAGAGGUAUAAGUGACCAGAAAUAUUAGCUUUGAAAUGUUUAGAUACCUAGAGAAAAACUACAGCUCUUGACCACAUGACAGGUUCUCGUUCCUGCUCGGGUGUGGACCUGCCGCUUGCAGUAUAUCUUAUCCAAACUGAAAAUUAUGCUGUCCCCUGCAGCAGUGUUUGAGAAAGCAACCAAAAAGGAACUGUCCUAAACUCAAGUAACCCAAUCUAAAUCUGGAAUAGCAAACGUAGGGUCAUCAUCAUACCCAUGACAGAAAUUAAACAAAAAGGAAUGCUGUGGCUAGGCAUUUCUUUGGGCACAUUCAUAAUUGCUGAAUGUUUUGCUGUACGAAUGCUGUGGAAGAUACUAACUGCACUAACCCAAUUUGGAUAAUCCAAUGAAAAGAAUACUGAAGAGCUGCUUACAAAAGCAUAAAUAAAUAAAGUAAAGCACAAAGCUUAAGGGCUUUUUGGUCUUAAGCUAUAUUGAGCUCUGGACAGCUACGUAAGGCAGCUUGUAAGUAUGAAUGUAAGGCAAACAUUCAAUUUUUUUGCUCUGAAUGAGGUUUAUGAAGGUGUGUUACCAGAAUCCACUGCUAAAAAAAAUAGUUUGUGAAAUGUGUCUAUUUCCUCAUUUUUACUUCUAUAGAGAUAGUUAUUGCAUGUCAUCAGGGGUUCAUAGCAGGUCACUUAAAGUCAUCAUAGGGUCAUACAUAUUAUACAGGGUGUCUCAGUUAAAUCCCCGGGCUAAAUAAUUUGCGAAGGGGUGCACCAAUCGAAGAACAUUCUUUACAAGAUACCAUCCGAUACCACCUACAGGCUGCGCACCGUGUGAAUGAGUGGGAGGCGCUCAUUAUUCAAAUAAAAAUUC